UACAGAUACGGUUUAGUACCCCAACUUGUGACACCAAAAACCCUAUCAAAACCCUAUUUUGAAAGUCUCAAGACAUAUAACGCCAUCUCAAGUGCUAAUUAUGUUUCUCAUCACUAUAUAAACUGUCCUCUAUGACUCUAUACGAGCACUGAACAUAAUCCUCUCAAAUCCAUUUUUUUCCAUCAUGGGCUCUGAGGGAUCCAGUCUCAAAAUCCUCUUCUUUCCUUUCAUGGCUCAAGGCCACAUUCUCCCCAUGGUGGACAUGGCCAAGCUCUUCGCGGCCCGCGGCGUUCGGGCCACGAUCCUCACCACUCCGGCCAACGCCCGUCUCGUCGGGCCAUCCAUCAAACGGCCCAAUGAAUUCGAAUACAAAUAUCCUAUCGAGCUUAGCUUGAUACCGUACCCCUCGGCCGCAGUCGGCCUGCCCGAGGGGUGCGAGAACGUCUCCUCCCUCCCUCCGACUGAGACGUCGUGCGAUGACUUUUUCGUCGGGUGCGCUAUGAUGAGGGACGCUUUUGACCGCGUCGUCAGGCGCCUGGCGCCCGACUGUGUGGUGACGGACAUGUUCUUCCCAUGGACGUGCGAUGUUGCGUCGGAGCUUGGCGUACCGAGGCUCGUCUUCCACGGGUUCAGUCUCUUCGCGCUUUCGGUCUACGCUAGCCUAGGUUGUUACAAGGCCCUCAAAACCCUGCCCGCCGACGAGGAAUCCUUCGUGAUACCUGGGAUUCCUCAUCGGAUUACGAUGCUACGAUCACAGGUGGCCGAUUUCGGGACCUCGAAAGGCGAGAUGGCGAAGGUCGUGAAGCAAAUGAACGAGGCUGACGGAAAGGACUUCGGGGUCCUGGUGAACAGUUUUUACGAGCUGGAGCCCGACUAUGUCGAGCACUAUAGAAAUGUCGUCGGGAGAAGGGCGUGGUGUAUCGGCCCCUUAUCGCUAUGCAAUAGCGACAUCGUCGAAAAGUCUGGACGAGGAAACACAACCUCGGUAAGCCAAGAUGGCUGCCUAAAUUGGCUCGAUGGCAAGAGUGCAGGGUCGGUCGUGUACGUUUGUUUCGGUAGCAUGAGCAAUUUCUCCAACGCCCAAAUGCACGAGAUUGCAUCGGGCCUCGAGGCCUCAAAUUAUUCAUUCAUUUUGGUGGUGAGGAAAGACGGCGACGAUUGGCUCCCCAAUGGUUUCGAGGAGCGCGUCAAAGAAAAGGGUCUAAUCAUAAGAGGAUGGGCGCCACAAAUACUGAUACUGAACCACACAGCAGUUGGAGGAUUCCUGACGCAUUGUGGAUGGAAUUCGAGCCUGGAAGGGAUCAGUGCGGGCUUACCUUUGAUCACAUGGCCUCUUUUCGCCGAGCAAUUUUAUAACGAGAGAUUGAUCGUCUGCGUGUUGAAGAUUGGGGUUUCGGUCGGAGUGACCGAGUAUCGUGUGAUACCGGAGGAAAGGCUGGUGGUUGGGGCAACGGAGAUAGAAAAGGCCGUGAGUAGCGUAAUGGGCGAUGAUGAGGAGGCGGAGGAGAGGAGGGAGAGAGCGAGGGAGCUCGGGGAGGCGGCGAAGAGGGCAGUGGAUGAGGGAGGAUCGUCUUACUCAGAUUUGGACAGUCUGAUUCAAGAGCUCAUGGCUAUGAAAUAAGUGUGUCAUUAAGAGGAAACGUGCUUGGUGUUCGUUAAGAUUUAAGAUAUUUAUGACAAAUUAAGCUAAUUCGAGUCUUUGACAUUUAUAUGUAGAAGUUCCGAAAUGGUUUGCUGAUCUAUUUGUGUGGCAAAUGACUAAGGGAUUAUAUUAUGUUUACU